AUGAAUAUUCCUCCAAAUCAGAAUUCACUCCAACAAAUGGGGGGAGGCUCAAAUCCUAACGCCUCAUGGAGAGCAAUGUAUAGUGGUGAGGAAAGACAAAAAGUUGUUCAAAUUAUCAUCAAUACUUUGACGGAAUUGCAUGGUUCCAAUCCAAAUUUUAAUGUUCAACGGUUGAGCAAAAUGGCACAAGAUUUUGAAAAGCUUGUGUAUGAGAGAUCAGCAUCUAAAGAAGAUUAUUUGCGGGCUAUUAAAAUGAAAGUACAUCAACUUAGAGUCCAAAAACAACAAAUUGCUGCUAAUCAAGGUGGUCAGAUUAAUCCACAACAACGACAACAGCAGCAGCAGCAGCAAAUCUCCAAUUCAAAUUCCAUGAAUCCUGUGAAUGCACAAAAUGUUCAAUUUUUGCGACAACAAGCACAAGCCAGAAGCCAGUCUCAAGCCCAAAUACAAGCUCGCCAACAGCAACUUCGUAAUAUGGUCAAUCAGCAGCUGCAACAACAACAACAACCACAACCACAACAAACUGUGCAACCACACUCUCAAGAACAUCAACAGGAUCAACAGAAUACUUCUUCUCAAUCAACUCAACAAAAUGUUGCGAGUGGGGCUGGUAGUGGUGGUCGUGGCAAUGCUUCUUCUACACAAGGCCAAUUACCUCCUCAGUUGGUUAACUUGAUGAGAACAUCACCCAUUCCUCCUCCUUUACUUAACAAAAUGCCAAAGUUGCCGGCCGGUGUCAACACUUGGAAUCAAAUUUUCGAUUUAAUUAGAAAGAGGUUGAUACCACCUGAUAUGGUACCUACUAUUAGAGAUAUCCAUGGUAUGCACUUGCAAUUGUUCAUACGUCAACAACAACAGAAGUUGAGCAUGCAAAGAAAUAUGAAUGAAGGAAACAACGGUGAUAACUUAGCACAGGGUCCAAAUGCUAAUAAUAAUAAUAAUAUUAAUACUAGUACCCACAACAACAGUAACCCAACCCCUAAUAAUUUUAAUAAUUUGACACCUCAGCAAAGAGAGCUGUUGUUGAGACAAACAAGAAUGCAGCAGCAGUUGGAACAACAGAAGAAGGGACAACAACCAAUGCAACAAGCAACCUCUCUGUCACAGCAGCAGCAGCAAAAACAACAACAACAACAACAACCUGUUUCUCAAUCUGGUCAGACUCCUCAGUUGGCGCAACAAUCAAAUAACCAGCAACAACAACAGCAGCAACCUCAGAUUACAAUUACGCAAGAAGAUUAUGCUAAAUACAGCAAUGAUGCUUUGAAUUUGUUAGCAAAAUUACAACAGCAGAAACAAAUGCAGGGUCAAAUUAAUGGUCAAAUGAAAGAAGCUUUUAUUAAAAAAUUCAUCAUUCAUCAAAAGACUUUACAAUACAAGCAGCGACUUUCUCAACAAGCCACAGGCAAUGCUAAUGUCAACAUAGGUCCUUCCAGUACAAAUCAACAGCAGCUUUCCCAAAUACCCAAUCAACAACAGCAGCAGCAGCAACAACAACAACAACAGGUACCACAAUCGCAACCUCACGCUUCACAGCAAUCUCCAGUUCUUCAGCAGUCACAACCACCACAACAAGCUCCUGUGCAGAAUGUACCACAAGGGCUGCCUGGAUUAGGUAAUAUGGCCACACCUCAAAUGAAGCAAGGUAUUACAUCAAAUCCUACCAAUCUUUCUUCUCCGUUAGUUCCACAACAGGUGCCAGUUAGCAAUAACAAUUCUGCUUCCCAAAAUAAUAAUAUCAACCGUGGAAGGCCGGUAACUGCUCCAGCAAAUAUCACGAUGUCUUCUAUUUUACCUCCUCUCACUGAUGAAGUUAAACUUAGAUUGAGGCAGUUGAUAGAAGAAGUAUCGCGUAACAAUGUAGUUUUGAGAGAUGUCACUAGUUUGCUCUCAAACCAAGACAAAACUACGGUUCGUGAUUCUAUGAAUCGAAUUCAAGAACAGUAUGGUAACGUGGAUAGUAUUAUUAGUUAUUUCUACUUGCUCACAAAGAAUGGCGAUGGUACUAAACGGUUGAUCCAAAUGAAGUAUAUGACAAAGAAUAUUUUAGAUAACUUGCAUAGAGGAAUUUAUUUGGCAGGACCAGACUUGUUGGAAAAGGUGAGAAGUCAAUACGCCAAGUAUUUCGAGUAUGUCAAGGAACAGAUAAAUUUGAGAAGACAGCAAGUGCUUCAGCAAGGUGGUGCUAAUAUGAUGUCUCUGCAACAGCAGCAACAACAACAACAACAAAAUAUGACCAGACUGCAACCCCAGUCUCAGCAACAACAGCAAAUGAUGCAGAAUCAAAGCAGAAACCAGGCAUUUAUGAAUCAAAACCAACAAAUACAACAACUGCUGCUGAACCAGCAAGUUAAUCAAGGCAAUUGGGGUACCGGAACAGGUGUAGCUAACAAUCAAAUGAAUUUGACACCACAACUACAGCAACAGCAACCACCACCGCCACUACCACCUCAACAGCAACAACAACAAACAAUGCAACUAGGUGUUAAUAGUAGCCCUGUGAUUCCUCAACAACCAACCCCAAUCCAACAUUCUAUGUCGGGGCCACAACAGGUACUUGUGCAACAACAACAGCAACAGCAACAACAACAACCGCCUCAACGACAGCAGUCAGUUUCUAAAGCUUCACAAAAACUGGUGGCAAAAACGAAUAAAAAAGGCACUGGUCAGGGAAGAAAGAAAAAAGCUUCAAUCAGUGCUGGCACGGCACCUACACCUGGAGCUUUACCUGCCACUACACCUGGCACAUUGGCAAAUGCAAUCAAAACACCCCACAAUAUACCUACACCGCAGAUACCACCUCAAACCCAGAGUAACAAGAAUACGCCUAGUGCCCAAUCACCAGCUUAUCCAGUAAAGGCCACCCCAUCAAGUACAACCCCAGGAACUGCAAACCACAGCCACAAUCCAAGUUAUGUGUAUCCUACUCCUGAGAUUGAUAUAUUUGCCAUGAGCUCAAAUGAUUCGAAACUGGCUAAACGUCGUGAGCUAAUCAACAUAGAUCCUGAAAAGUUUUUCUAUGCAUCAUUGGCCAAUUUGUUGGACUUGGACGAUUCUAUUGUCAAUAAUCACGAUAUUAUGAAAACAUCGCCAAGACUAUCUAAUGGUAAGCCUGCUGCCACUUCUCCGUUAUCGCCAAAAACUGGUGGAGAAUGGACAAGUGAAGUCAAAGCAUUGGCCAUAACGACUUCGUUUAAACAAGUGGAUUUAAUUAGAGAAUUGGCCAACGAUGACUUUAUAUCGUCUUCGCCAAUGUUGGCUAUUCAAGAAGUUGAAGAACCACAACUGGUUAAAAGAGAACAUGAUGCAGAUGAUGAUUUGGAUUCUUUGUUCACCAAUAAAAAGGCGAACCUUGACGGGUUAGAUUUUGAUAGAUAUCUUUAUGAACCUGUAUCGUUUGAUGAGUGGAAAUAUUUUGUUGUUUCUUCCAUACAAUAA